ACCGGUACUCCGCACUUAUCUCUCAAUUUUCGAGCUCUUCCUCCCUCCUACGAUACCAUGACAGACGAAGUAGUCACCCCCGAUCGCUGCCAUUCUGACUCCAGCCUCAUCCUCGAGUACCAGCAGCUCUACAACCGCUAUGCAUUUUGCCUCGCCAACCUCCGCGAAUCCAUCAAAGAAGUGCAGGCUCUCGGUCAAGACAACGAAUCUCUCCGCCUCGCAAAUGCCGACUUAGUUCACCGCCUCAGUCUCCUCUCCCGAGCCACCAUCCACAACUGCCUCCUCUCCGACUUCAACCGCCUCAGAAUCAGUGGAAACGCUACUCCCUCGCCGCGCUUAUACUCUCGCGAGGCCUCACCCGCUCCGGCUCCCGAUGUCAUCCAACAAAAACGCUUCCAACGACGGCACCUCGCCGAACGGGUCUCCCUCCCUAAGAGCAUUUCCAUUCGCUCCGCCGGCUAUCUCAAGUUUAAACCCGAAUCUGCUGGAAAAUAUGAAGCUCCGACGACUCAGGCCUCGAGUCCAAACCGAGUUAACUCUCCACCCUUACCAGAUUCGGAGAAGGCUAGGCAAAGGGUGUACGUAGCAGGGGGAGGGAGAGAGGAAGAGGCGUCGCAGUUCGAGGUGUACAAUCAAGGGAUGUCCAAGACGGAGCUGUGUAACAAGUGGCAGGAGACCGGAAGUUGCCCUUUUGCUGGAAACUGUCGAUUCGCACAUGGGAUCAUGGAGCUGCGUCCGGUGAUAAGGCACCCUCGUUACAAGACUGAGGUUUGCCGGAUGGUUCUUGCUGGGGAUAUCUGCCCCUAUGGUCACCGAUGCCAUUUUCGUCACUCCCUUUCCUGAGACCUUUUAUUGCUUCUAGCUAAUACAGACUGAUCACUUAAGUUGAAAGCGGAUACAGGAUUCAUUCAUUGAUUUCUACACAUUUAUAGAUCAUUGAGAUGUACUGCUUAUUGGUACUUAGCUGCUUGAUAGCUCAAGUGUUGAUUGUUUCCAUGAUGGACUAUAUAUUGUGCAAGUAUUAGUACGCAACAGUAGCAUGCGGUUCUGCAGGUCCUUAAUUCUGGAUUUAUUCUGUCCAAUAUUGUAGAGGAGCGUUCUUAAUU